GAAGCCUCUUGUCCCAGUUGUUGAGGUGCCGGAGUGAUAUACACUCACACUACCUGUACACUAUAUGUUCCUUCUCUUCACUUCGUAAUGGCUGCUUUACGUCGUGCCAUCAGCUUCUCUAAUGGGAAGUCAAUCCCGGUACUUGGUCUUGGGACGUGGAAAUCUAAGCCAGGAGAGGUGACGGCGGCGGUGAAAGACGCUGUCACAGCUGGCUACCGUCACAUUGACUGUGCUCAUUUGUACGGCAAUGAACCUGAAGUGGGAGCUGCCAUCGCUGCUGUCAUCAAGGACGGUACUGUCACCAGGGAUGAACUCUUCAUCACCAGCAAGCUGUGGAAUACUUUCCACGCGAAAUCGUCUGUGCUGCCAGCCCUGAACACCACCCUGGCAAACCUCGGCCUCAACUACCUUGAUCUCUACCUCAUACAUUGGCCCACGGGCUUCAAGGAAGGAGGCGAUAUAUUGCCAGCUGACUCGACCGGGAAGAGACUCUACAGUGACGUUGAUUACGUGGAAACCUGGGAAGCAAUGGAGGAGUGUGUGAAGUUGGGCCUCACCAGGUCCAUCGGAGUCUCCAACUUCAACAAGAAUCAACUGGAACGUGUACUUAAGGUGGCCAAGGUCCCCGUUGCUAACAAUCAGAUCGAAGUACACCCCUAUCUGCCCCAGAAUAAAUUGAUUGAAUUUUGCAAGAGUAAAGACAUCAUUGUAACAGCCUACAGUCCUCUUGGGUCCCCUGAUAGGCCGUGGGCAAAGCCAGGUGACCCAGCACUGACGGAGGAGCCUAAGGUCAAGACUCUCGCCCAAAAGUACAAGAAGUCACCAGCACAGAUACUCAUCCGUUUCCAGAUUGACCGAGGGUUGAUUGUGAUUCCAAAAUCUGUCACCAAGUCUCGCAUCGAAGAGAACUUCCAGAUCUGGGACUUCCAGUUGUCGCCAGAGGACAUAAAACUUUUAGAGAGUCUGGAGUGCAAUGGACGCGUUUGUACCUCUUCCGAGUUGAGUGAUCACCCGUACUACCCAUUCCACGAUGAGUACUGAUGAACCACGAAGAAAGUUCACAGUUCAAGCUGAUUUCCUGAGUGUCGGUCAUCAGUUAUCUUCUGAACGUCAUCGGCGAUCACCUGGGAACAUUUUUUUGAGUGCAAGAGCGUUACAGAAUGACCCUGAGGAGUUUAGACCUUACUGUGAAUAUUAUUCGAAGGAUUUCGAACGCAAUCAGAAAUCUGGUGCACAGGUAACGAGCACUGUCAUGAGCACUGUGUAUGGUAUACACUCUUCAUGUGAGUAUAAAUAUAAUAUGUACCGUCU